AUGGGCGUUGCUAAUGGGAUAGAAUGUCUUUCCAGGCCGGAGCAAAGCGUAGUAAGCCCAAUGUCACUUUUGUUUAAUUCGGGUGUUCUUCCACGAUGGACUUGCCCCAUGGCUUUCUGGAUAGGGCUACGUUCUUAUGCCGGAGGGCCAAGAACAAAACAUAAGAGAUAUUCCCCGUUGGCUUCAAUGCCAACGAGCAAUAACAACAAGAACAGAAAAAAAGGAGCAAAGAGUAAGAAAAUUAAUACGAAAAGCGAUCCUGACCAAGCCUUCAACUUUGGACAGUAUGGUGGGCUGAAAAAAGACGUCGACGUAGAUAUGAAUAGCACCAGUAAACUGAUUCAAAAAAUAUCUAAUUUUGACCAAUUACUUAUAUUGCCAUCUGUGAGAGACGUUGUAAGGAAAAUCAUCUCCAAGGAAUCGUUGAAGUUGCAAGACAACGAAAAAAAAAAAAUCAACGAGAAUAUAACACCGAGCCCCAUACAAACAGUGGCCAUCAAGAAAAUUUCCAAGAAUUUGAUGGACCCUAAAUUACAACUACAUGCCAUCGCCGCAGAGACGGGUUCAGGUAAAACCAUGGCCUAUUUGAUACCUUUGAUAGACUAUUUGAAAAGACAGGAGUUAGAAACCCCGGAAUUGUGGGAAACACUGAGGGACGCAGCCCUGAUUAGGUCCAUCAUAUUGGUGCCUACACACGAAUUGGUUGACCAAGUGUACGAAACUGUAUCUCAGACGAAUGCUUCAUUGGGGUUAAAAUCUUUCAAAUGGGAUAGGACCACCUCGUAUCGCGAUCUACUAGAACACAUCAAAAAUAGAAUGGAUAUCCUAGUCACUACCCCGGCAAAACUACUGAACCUGUUCUCGAUCAGAAUGAUCACUAGGCCGGACAAAAUCCUGUCCAAAGUUGGGUUCGUGGUACUAGAUGAAGCUGAUACGCUUUUAGAUAGAUCAUGGCUCGAAGAAACGCACUCCGCCAUAAAGAAAAUCCCUAACAUCAAUCACCUCAUUUUCUGUUCUGCUACCAUCCCUCAAGAGUUCAACAAGACUAUGCAAAGGCUUUUCCCAACAGUAAUUCCUAUAAUGACGCCAAGACUGCAUAAACUACCGUUUGCUUUGGAUUUCAAAAUUAUAAAUUCUGCAUUGAGUCCCUUCAAGGGGUCUAAAAUCAAGGCACUGGCACAAACUCUUUAUGCCAUUUCCAACGACGACACUGAACCAGGACUUGAAAAAAGAUGCAUUGUUUUCGUCAAUGAAAAAAAAGAUGUUCCCGAAAUAGUUAAUCUCUUGAAUAACAAGUUCGGUCAUAAUGCCGUCGGUCUAACAGGCGAAGAUACGCCUGAAGAAAGGUCUGAAAAGAUCGUGCCCUUUUUAUCAUCACCAAGACCAAUUUCCGAAAUAGCGCCUCAAAGGCCUUCGUCAGGAGCAUCUCUGAAGAGAUUUGAAAUUCCAAAUUCUAAUGUCGUCAUCGGCGAAUUGAAAAGGACAAACUCAGAUGCCACUAUACCCAAAAAUAAGUCCUUGCAUGUACUUGUAACAACAGAUCUCAUGGCAAGAGGCCUUAACUUCAAGGGUGUACGGAACGUUGUUCUCUACGAUGUCCCCAAAACAUCAAUUGAUCUGAUUCAUAGAGUGGGCAGAACUGCUAGAAUGAAACAAGGAGGUCGUGUAUUUAUGUUAACUGACAAUAAGACAAAAUCUUGGGCUAAAGCACUUCCGAAGAUCAUCAAAAAACAUCAAAGGUUAUCAUGA